CAUCAACAAUUCAUUUUCAUCAAUAUCACCACGACAAGAAAGUUCAAGAUUUUGAGAACUUAGAAUAUGGGAGCUUCACAAUCCAAAAACUUAGCUAAAGCUUCAAAAGCAGCAUCUUUGUCUGCCUCAAAUACUGCACGCAAAUACCCAACUAGAAGUCCGCCUCCUUCAUCUUCCCAUACCAAUGUAGAACCAAAUCGACCAAAUCCUGCAGCAAAGUUAGGGCCGUCUGGUCAUCCUGAUACAAUCUCCUCUUCGAAAAGGAAUCAAUGUUCGUCAUUCCAUCAAUGAAUUUCUAACCUUCCACUUUCAUUUCCAUCCUCUGGACGGUCUUGCAUUAGGAAUUCGUUUGCACUUCGCUUCAUAUGAUUAUACUAAUUUAAUGCCUCAUAUAGCUAUAAACUUCGAUGCCUCCGAUCCAGAUAUUGGCUUAGAUGCUCGUCUCCGUGAACUCGGUCCUGUUACACCUUCGCCUACUCUUUCCAACUCUUCCACAUUCAACAAAGUCUCAGGACAAGAUCCUACUACAUCCAGCAGCAACUUCGUCCCUUCUGCUUCUACACCUUCGCAAUCGAUUUAUCCAACCACAAGUAAUCCUGCGAUUUCGCUUUUGACGGCAAGAUAUAGAAUAGCAGGAGAGGCAGAAAAGGACUUUGAGAAGAUUGGUAGGAAGGGGUUUCAGGGAAGGAAGUAUUUAGAUGUUGCGACUAUUCGAACGGUGCUGGUUUAUAGAUCCGAAGGCAUGCCUGAUGCGGAGAUUGAGAAGAGAUUAGAACUAAGGAGUGGAAUAGUAAAGAGUCUAGGAGGGAGAUUAGUGAGUGUGGCAGGAUUAUAAUGCGAGAGCAUGAAGGGAGGGAUUGGAGCUCACAUCCCACUCGAAAGACGCCUACAAUAGCGGUUUGACUCUAGCACAUUAUGGGCAUUGACGACAGUUUCCGGCAAGUCUAUUAUACGGGUUUUGAACAAAUGAACCAUUGGCUCGGGCGGAACAUGUACAAAUAUAAUGAAGGAUGAAGGGAAUGAUGAAGAAGGAUGGGUGGCAGUGUGGCAGGUGUAUUAAUUCCUGCGAGUAGAUUAUUGUAUCAUAUGUCACGAGAGUCUCUACUUAUGUCAGGAGAAGCAAAAGCCUUCAAGAAUAACCAAAAACCUUUGGUAGAAUCACCAAAAGGUAUGUGCUUGAGAAUCUCCAAGGAACAGUGGCUACCGGCACUCGGUAAGUCUGCAUCUGAUAGGGAGUCGACAUCUUGGUGGCAUUUGUAAUAUCGCCAUUCUUUGAGCCCAAAGUAUUGGUGUAUACCAAAGGAUAGAGAUAGGUAGGCGGGAGGAAUCGCAAUCGACGAAACCAAAUUUCAUGCUCAUAAUCCAUGUCGACUCAAAUGUCAGACUGCGGGGCAUAAGUUUUUGAAGCUAUUCUGCCGGGCGGUGUGUGAU